AAAGUGUUAAAUCAGGUGAGAGGGUUUGAGCUGUGGAGCUUCCCGUUAAGUUGAGGGAAAACUCAGCGACUGAAUAGUCCCACUCGUUUCUCUUGGAAACCCGGUCGGGGUCAUUGAGAAAGUGAACCCGCAUCAACAAGUAUGACCCUCGGUUCUGCGCCCUGACGCGUGUGGGAGCGGAGACAGUAGCAUGAAGCGCAAUGGCUUGGUGUGACCGCGGGGUUCAGACGCUGUUGGCCACCGUCGGGGCUUUUGCUGCCUUCAGCCUGAUGACCAUCGCCAUCGGCACCGACUACUGGCUGUAUUCACGGGCGUAUAUUUGCAACGGAACCAAUGCCACCACUGACGAGACCCAGCCACAGCCCAAAACCAAAAAGGGGGAUCUCACCCACUCGGGGCUCUGGAGGAUCUGCUGUAUCGAGGGCAUCAACCAAGGCAGCUGCUAUAGGAUCAACCAUUUCCCAGACGACAACGACUAUGACACAGACAGCUCGGAAUAUCUGCUGCGUAUAGUCCGAGCCUCCAGUGUGUUCCCCAUCCUCAGCACCAUCCUGCUCAUGCUCGGUGGGCUGUGUGUCGGUUUGGGUCGGGUCUACAACAAGACCAACAACGUCCUACUGAGUGCCGGGAUUCUCUUCGUUGCUGCAGGUCUCAGCAACAUCAUCGGAAUCAUCGUCUACAUUUCCAGUAACGCAGGGGACCCCAACGACAAACGCGACGACGACAAGAAGUACACCUACUCCUACGGCUGGUCCUUCUACUUUGGCGCCCUGUCUUUCAUCGUCGCUGAAACCGUUGCCGUUCUCUCCAUCAACAUCUACAUCGAGAGGAACAAAGAACUCCGCUGGAAAGCUCGCCGUGAGUUCAUCCGUUCCCUCUCCUCAUCGUCCCCGUAUUCACGGAUACCGAGCUUCCGCUACCGACAGCGGACGUCGCACGCCAGUUCUCACUCCACCGAGGCUUCACGAGAGAACUCGCCGGUAGUCGGGCUGAAGGGGGCGCCGUCUUCCAGCGGGCCACUGGAUGAGCUGUCCAUGUAUGCCCUCGCGAGAGACAGCGUGACGGAGAACACCUACAGCCCUGAACACGAGGCGGGGGCGGAUUUCCUCCAAGUCCAUAACUGUUUCCCCAAUGACUUGAAGGACGGGGUGAACCGCAGGACCACACCCGUGUGAUUGCCUGGCGUCGAACGCGGCGAGGUGGCUGCUUUUAAAGGGCUGUGUGGAGGAAAGCUGGAGCCAUCGAGGAAAAGACCUGUGCAAGACUGUCAGGGUGUUUCAACCUGUAAAUGACCACAAAAGGUGCUAACUGUACAUUUUCUAACUUUGUGUUUUAGUCUGUUGUUGUGAACCUUCUCCGAGGUUUGUCUUCAUCAUGACUGUGACUUUGCCUUAUAGCCUUAUCUGUACGUUCGGUAGAGACACGCUGUAAUCCUGAGUGUUCGCUCGUCGCUACACUUGUAGCGUGUAAAUGCUAUGACAUCAACUGUUGCUAACAAAUAUGAGCCAUACACAUGGAGAGAGGUGAGCCACUGAAAUCCUGCAGCUAUAGCUUGAAAACAUGCUUGAAGUCAACAUUCCUUCACAUUCAUUCAUACGCAAAGUGAUAAUCAGAAUUGUAGCAAGCGACUCAAUUAAAACUGGACUAUACUGAAGCACGGAAAUGACCGGUGGACUGGGUUUCCAAGUCAGAAAAUCCUCGCCACUCUGAUCAUCCAAGAUGGCUUCCACAGACAUAAACAGGAAGUAGUUUUGAAUCAAUGAAAUGUGCAGAAUGAAGCAAACCCAUUGUGUAUGUUUGCAUGUCAUCCGAUGUAGUGUGUCCGGGUGACCCAAGUUUUCACAAGUUUUUCAUGAGUUAGUCACUUCAAAUGAAGGAUUCGAUGACGACAGAUAUCAAGCAGCAUCUUUUUCCUGGUCACAUGACGACCAGAUUUAUUCAAUAAUAGCAGAAAAAUGCAUUUAUUUCAAUGAACAAGCAUUUUGCGCUUUCUGAAUGAGUCCAGGGCUACUUCCUGUUCUGACAACGUCACGGCUCAUGCCAGCCAAUCACGAUGCGUCGGACAUAUGCUUAGCAAAUGCUGCAAAAUCCUGGCCUUUGCUUGUAAAAGUUCAGUCGCAUUUUAUACUUACACCGCCGGGUUCUCUUGUUGCAAACGCAGAGUGUGUUUCAUGGAAAAUUCCUGUAACUUCUGUGGACGUCACUUUCUCAUUUCCCGGCUUCAAUAACAACAGUGAUGUCCUUCCCUAUUCACCAUUUCCACAUUUGUUUGAAUGAAAAUCCUUGAAAGAAUCAGACUUUUUAGAGUUUAUUUGGGGAAGAUGAGACGGCAUUAUGGGAAGUGCUUCCAUCAACCAGAGGGACUUUGCUCAGUCAACUCACUAUGGAAUCUAGCAAUGUCAUGCUUUCCGAACUCUGAAUUUUCUCAUCUUUUAUCAUCACAACAAAAGCCUCUGCAUUGUCACUGAAAGACCCUGGAUGUCCAGAACCCCCUCCUUCUUUAUUCACUCCCAUAUCAAUCGGCCAUCUGUCAGGAGCUGACAGUGAAAGAGGAAGCCCACGACAGGGAACAGACAGGACUUCCUUUUUGCUGUGAAUGAAAGGAGAGUGUUUCAUGGAUAAAGAUAAGACAGUGGGCCUAAGUCAAUCUGUUGGACUCCUCCCCCUUCAGUGAUAAACAUAGAAGAACUGCCAGCUGAUGAAAGCUUUUUAUAUGAUAUGGAGAUCAAGAACCAUGAAUGUGUUUGAGGACUCCUUAUCUUCAGUGUAUUCCAUCCCCUCAGCCAACACAAAGCCAUCUGUUUAGAAUGUCGAACUUUUAUAUGCCAGUGUCCAGACUGCUGUAACUGUGUGUGACGUGUGUAAAAAUGUACAUGACCUUCCAAAAAAAAAAAAAAGACAGUUAUAAGCAGCAUUUAUCCACCAAACGUUUCUCGCCUUGAUGGUUGUAAAGUUCAAUUUAUCGAUUUGUAUUCCGGUAAAACUAAUUGCAAACACAAAUUGAUUCUCUGUUUUGUAUGGUGGAGUAUAACUAGAAGAUGAAACUAUAUUUUCUAUUGCAUGUAUGCAGCAGCUCCGUGUGACUAUUGACUGUGUAAUAUUGUCGUGGAUAAGCACAUUCGUAAAAACUAGGAGAAGCUGGUGACUGCUCUGAAUUGUAUAAUAAAAUAGA